UUCGGGGAAGAAGUGUUCGGGGAGGAAGUGUUCCGUGCAGGAUUGCAGGAUUAUCUCAGGUUUCUCGUUUCCUAGGAACGUAGUAACUUGCCCGCGGGUUGUUUUGUGGGCGGUGUUUUUGAAUAUAUGCUAAUUCAGCCGGGCUGACAGCGAGAGGAGCCGUGUGUCGGUGCCACAGCCCUCCUGCCAGCCGGCGGUGCCGGGCGGCGGGCCGGGCCAUGGGCUGGCGCUGCUGACACGGCCACUCGCCCUCCCGCCGGGUCGCCCCUGUCGCCAGCCGGCAUGUGCCUGUGACCAUGGAGAUGAAGGACUCGGGCAGCGUGGUGCUGACAGCCUACCAUCCCCACAGCCCGGCCAGGAUCCCGGGCGUGGAGCAGGGCUUCGUGCAGGAUAUCCCGCACAGCCAUUCGCCCGCCAGCAGAAAGUCUCUCUCUCGCUGUCGAAGAGUUAACAGGAUGCUUUCCAACGAGUCCGUCCCUCCUGCCUUCAGUCGCUCCAAUUCGCAGGCCUCCGUGGACAGCACCUCCAUGGAGGACUUCUGGUGUGAAGUAGAGAGCAUCAAGGAGAGCAGAGAAGAUGGAUCUGAAGAAGCAAUGCUCUCGGAGUUCAAACCUGCUGAUGAAGGGGAGCUGGAGGCAGAAUGGCUGCAGGAUGUGGGUUUAUCCACGUUGAUCUCAGGAGCUGAGGAGGAGGAUGGCCAAGCCCUGCUGUCCACUCUGACCAGAACCCAAGCUGCUGCUGUACAGAAGAGGUACAACACCUACACUCAGACCCUGAGGAAGAAGAACAAGCACACAGUCCGGGAUGUGCGAGACAUCUUUGGCACCAGUGACUCUUCUCCCACAUUUGAGACAGUUCCAGUGUCACCAGUAUCUCCUAAUGGUAUCCAGCUUCCUGGGCAGAAGCCAGUUUGGAAAUCAGUUAGCUCUAAGAGCUGUCUAGACUGUGGAAUAGAUAAAGGCAGCCCAUCCAUAACAGAAGAGCUCUCCUAUGAUGUCUCUUUCUCAGAAUCCAUUACAGUCCUUCCAAAAACCCAAGAGUGGCCAAAAAAUCAGAGGUUCAAAAAGGAAGACUCGGCUUUGCCAAAAUUCGUGGUUCGGAGAAGCCGUUUGGGGCUGACGGAGGUUGGGGACCUCUCUCCCGAGGACAUGAAGAAGAUCCGCUACCUGUCGCUGCUGGAGCUGACGGCCUUCUACGACGCGCUGGGCGUGGAGCUGAAGAGGAACCGCGCGGAGAGGGUGCGGGGACGAGAGAAUGGUCUUUUCGGAGUCCCUCUCGCCGUGCUGCUGGAGAAUGAUCAAAAGAAGGUUCCGGGAGUAAAAGUGCCCCUUAUCUUCCAAAAACUGCUGCUCAAGCUUGAGGAAACAGGUUUGGAAACUGAAGGAAUUCUACGGGUUCCUGGAUCUGCCUCCAGAGUCAAGAAUCUCCAUCAAGAACUUGAAGCAAAAUUUUAUGAAGACACUUUUGACUGGGACCAAGUACGAAAUAACGAUGCAGCGGGACUGCUGAAAAUGUUUAUUAGAGAACUCCCAAGCCCACUCUUCACAGUAGAAUAUUUGCCUGCAUUCAUCACACUAGUAGAAAAAAUCUCCAAGAUCAAGUUACAGCUACAAGCUUUGCAUCUGUUGAUCAUGCUGAUGCCUGAGGCCAACAGAGACACAGCCAAGGCCUUUCUUCAGUUCCUGAAGAAGGUGGUUGCUAAUGAAGGGAAAAACAAGAUGAAUUUGUGGAACGUGUCUAUGAUUGUUGCACCAAACCUCUUCAUCUACAAAGGGAAGCGUGCAAACCAGCAAGAAAUGCAAGCAGCCGCCACCACGGCGCACAUCGUGCGGCUUUUGAUCCGGUACCAGGACAUCCUGUGGACUGUCCCAUCCUUCCUGAUUUCCCAAGUGAGAAAAAUGAAUGAGGCAGCAAUGAACAGCAAGAGACAGCUGAUGUUUGACAAAGGAGUGAGAAAACUUCUGAGGAGAAAGACCAUGGAACGGGAGAGACCUGAACGACCAGAGGGAGCUGUCACUUUUCCUCCAUACUUGCAGUCUGACAUACCCGAGGGGGUGAUAAGAGUUUAUGCUCCACUGCAUUCAAAAGUCUCUAUGGCAAUUCAACUCAACGGCCAAACAAAAGCCAAAGAUAUCCUGGCUCGAUUCCACUGUGAAAACAGCCAUGGAUCAUCACAGAACGUGAGAGGCCAGAUCCAAAGUUUACAUGAAAUUGGAGGAAAUAUAGGUCAGCACUGUUUGGAUCCAGAGGCUUUCAUGCUAGAUGUCUACCGUGCAAACCCUCAUGCAGAAUGGGUGAUAAAACCAAAAGCCACCUGAAGCAGAAGGCAGCAGUAUACUGGACAAAGGCCAAAUGGGCAAGAGUGAUGCCUGUCAUUUUAAGCAGCUCUUGCAGAGACAAAAUGGUAGCUACAGGACAUCGUUCCUUCCUACUGUACUGUCCAACUGAUGGUCAGCACAUAGUACUUUCAGUAUUCCAGCUUCCAAACCAUCGGAAAAAUAUCACAUUAGUUAUGCUUUCAUAUGGAUUACACUUGUGCCAGUUGGCCCAGGAGGUGAGGAGGGCAGACCAAGGUACGGUGUUCGUUUCCUGACCUGGUGUUAGAAGAAUUUUUGGAAAUAAUGCAGUGGCAUCAGAUGAAUGAAACACUACUGACCACAGCAGAACACAGAAGCAUGACAGAGACAUGGGAGAAGGGAAGGUGCCUGUCAGGCAUGGAAGGUGGGAGCACAACAUGCAGCAGUGCCAAGACAGCCGUGUGAAAACCAAACCGUUCUCCUGAAAGUAAACCCCUACAGUGUGUGUUACUGCAAUACUUGUGUCUCUCAGUCACUCCUCAUGAGUACCCGACACUGGGGGAGGGAGGCAGGAGGAGGAACUAUUGACAGCCGUACUUCUCAGUGUACAUACCACUGGAUAUCUCACUACCAGUCUUCCAAAAUCAUGUUUGGAUCCCUCAGCUGUGUGCAAUUGUAGUGCCACAAACCACACUCCCCUCCCUUCCCCUGUCACACAAGUUUCAGGACACAAAGGCUAGGUGAGAAGGGGCAUAUGCCCCUAGCUCUGCCUUUUACUUGAUACUUUUAGAAUUAAAUCUGUGUAAUGCCAGACUAUCAGAUGUGUUAAUGGUGCCACUUACAGUCAACACCGUUUUUUGUUAACCAUUAUAGUUUCUAAUUUGUAACCUAAUUCUUUUUAUUUUGUUUAUUUUAGCUUUAAUAUGUAAGCAAUUUUUAUACUCUUCAGCUGCAUCAACAAGAGAGAUCUUUGUUCAGGUCUUGUAUAAUACAGCAUGGAGAAGAAACAGGGCUUCCAAUGAGAAAAGGGAUUUAAUAAUUUACAUAUUAGGUCUUUUAAACCAUAGCCCAUCUAGGUCCAGUUGUGCUGGAGGUUUUACAAAUACAUAGCAAAUUGCAGCUGGCAUGCAGUCUAAGCAAACACACAGGCUGAGAAUAGUGGGCUGCAACUGCAUUGGGAAUGUCAGAUAGGAUGUCUAGUUUGGAGCUAGUCACAAGAGCAAGUGAUGCCCUUCACUCAGUCACCUCACUUUGGGCUAUGCUGAACUAAGAGAGGUUUGUUGAGUAGGGAAAUCACAAAUCUCUGGAAGAGAGUAAGUAUUUUUUCAUCUCUGUCAUAUGAAAUAAGUGGAAACCAAUGCCUUCAGCUGCACUGCAAUGUCUCCAUCAUUAGAUGAUGAUGAUGCACAGUGAAAACACCCCCAGCCUGAGCAAUGAUUUUUGUUCCUGAUCUGGACACAGUGAAGCAGAACAGGCAGAAGCUCUGUUUAUUACAUGGCAAUUUAAAAGCACACUGAACCAAGUCCUCCAGGUGAACAUGAAAUCUGCUGUCCUGCAGAGAAAGCCUGUAACUUGUGAUGCUCUGCUGAAGCUGUGCAAUGAGGAUCUAAACCAGAACCAGAGGCUCUAAAAUGUGUCAAAUUAAUCGUGUUCUCUGGCAGUUAACUUUCAUUGUUAGUGGUCAGUGAAAGAAAUCAGCAUUGAAUCAGUAACUUCACCAGCAACAAUAAUGCCUAAGAGGGCAGAUCCUGUCUUCUUAUCUUUUUGAUAAAAAUGAUAAAAAAUUACAACCAUUUUCU